UAGGUACCUAGCAUCAACUCGAACAAGAGGCGUCGCCUAGCCACGCGCUGGAUUCAAGUAGUUGCAGACUAACAGCUUUGUUUGCCUGAAAAUCAUCUGAUACUCCAAGAAGUGGUCCAGAUGCCUGCUUCCCAAUCAUCAGACAAGCGUCAGGCUGCGCGUGAAGUCAUAGACAUUCUACAUGAGAUUUCAAUACUGUUGAACACGAACUUGAACCGGACUGAGCUUUCUCUUUGCGUUUCAUUGAUUGAAAACGGAGUUAAUCCUGAUGCGCUGGCUGCAGCCAUCAAAGAGCUUAGGAAAACUGUUCUCCGUAAUGAACAUACGGAGGUGGAGUGAUCCCUCGGCUCGGAAUUGAUGGUGCGGAUCAGCUCCUUUACAUUGCAAGCGUGAUCUCUAGUUGUACAGUAGGGUACAGGGCUCAUUGUUUCCAUUAGUCUGGCUUUCUUGUCAAGAAUGUCUCGAUCUGAAGUUCCGACAGUGUAAGGAUUCCUCUUGUUCUACGGACUGGAAAUGUACGGUAGGCUGAGAGGCCAUUGUUGAUAUUAGCCUGGGAUACUUGUUCCGUCUCAGUUCUGUCGAGCUGUCAUCUACAAAGGGGGUCUUUCCGUCUAUUUCAGUCUGAGCAAGGAGCCUCAGAAUCGGUCGAAACUCUCGGGCGUCGAGCAGUUGACAUUGGCUUCAUGCAUUUGCAUGCUGUGUCGUCCAACUGAAUUCCACGUUGACACGUCCAGAAUUGUCGGGAAGCGCGCGGUUCAUCAUACAAAUACAAUUAUUGUACGGUCAAGGAGGUUAUAGCAUGUCAAAUUCCCAGGGAACAGUGAUAGUUGAAUAUCCCCACGUAUGAGAGAUUAUUAUUAUACUUAGCAGUGGACAGCGAGGGUGGAUUGGCGGGGGCAGAGAUUGGCCUCUGUCCAUCUGAUUUGAUAAGUAUCAAUAAACUCGCGGGGUAGGGAAGACCGGGAUCAAUCAAGAACACAGUUCAACGCCGAAACUUGUCGCAGGUUUAGACACGGCUUAAGGAUAGACAGUCAAGGAAAAGUCUAUCUUUGCCACAGCGUGGAAUGAUGUGCGAGAAAGCUCCGCUUUUGGGGCAGAGUAGGCCAGGGUGAAGGUACAGGACGGCUUCCGCAGAUACAGAGGACAGAGAAGAGGAAUAGAAGUGGAUGAUGGAUGAUGGACGAAUACUCCAUAGAGAGGGAUGCUGCAGGACAAGUAGAUGUAAUACAGAGGCGAGUAUAAGGAAGAUAAAGAGUGCAGAGCAGAUGAAGCCAGACCACCUGAGGUCAGCAGACGCACAUGACACUAAUCCUGAUGGUGACUUGCCC